GGCUUCGCCUUCGUCGCCUCUCACCCACCCACCCACCUUCUCCCCCACGCAAAUCCGAGACCACGUACACUACCCACCCAGACCAGGAGCAGAACAAGUACGGGUUUCCUGCGACGGCGAGGAGGCGGAGCGGGCUGGAUCGCGGCGCCAUGUCGCUCGACGAGCUCCCCGAGAAGGUUUCUGAUGAGGGAGUAAAUGUAGAUGUCAUGGCUUCACUUCAAAGUGAAAACGGAUCCAUCUCUACAGUCAGUUCUACAUUUAGUUCAGUAGAAUCAGAUAAAGCAGCCUAUGAACUCCUUCCUCAAACUCCUAUCAAGUCAACCGAUGCACACCUUGUUGAGUUUUCAGAGGCUAUGAGAACUGUUGCAAAAGCAUUGCGACGAGUAGCAGAAGGGAAGGCUGCUGCUCAAGCAGAAGCGACAGGGUGGAAGUACAAAUAUGAAUUAGAGAUGGCACACAAACAACAGAGUAAAAUUGAAGGCUGCAGCAGUUGUACCAGUAAUGACUUAGCCAAACUGGCCAGCCAACUAACACUGGACACGUCAGUUUCUGAUCAAACAGGAUGUUGUGGAAAACAUGGUAUAUGUUCACAUGAAGUUCUCCAGGACGAAGUUCCCAGACCUAACCCAAGAUCUAGUCACAAGAUAGUGGGGAGAAAGGCAUCAUUUAAACUUUCAUGGGGAUGUAAUGGGGAUAAAAAUGGCCAACAUAAGCAUGAUUUUGUGUCCUUUGAAAAAGGAGAUAUAACAACAGCAGAGCGCAGCAAUAAGCAGAUCUUACUGAAAUGGGAAUCACCACCACAAACAGUGCUUUUUAUAACCAAACCUAAUUCCAACUCUGUGCGUGUUCUUUGUGCUGAAAUGGUCAGAUGGCUUAAGGAGCAUAAAAAUAUAAAUGUCUUUGUGGAGCCACGUGUUAGCAAGGGACUUCUAACAGAGGAUUCCUACUACGACUUCAUCCAAACAUGGGAUAAUGAUGAAGACAUGAAGCUGUUACACACGAAGAUUGAUCUCAUUGUAACUCUUGGCGGUGAUGGAACUGUUUUGUGGGCUGCAUCAUUGUUCAAAGGACCAGUUCCUCCAGUUGUUGCAUUCUCCCUUGGAUCACUGGGCUUCAUGACGCCUUUCCCAAGCGAGCAAUAUCGUGAGUGCUUGGACAAUGUGCUGAAUGGACCAUUUAGCAUCACACUGAGAAACCGUCUACAGUGUCAUGUAAUCCGUGAUGCAGCAAAGGAUGAACUCGUGACUGAGGAGCCAAUCUUAGUGUUAAACGAAGUUACAAUCGACCGUGGAAUAUCAUCUUACCUUACCUACCUGGAAUGCUACUGUGACAGUUCUUUUGUUACUUGUGUACAAGGGGAUGGACUAAUCAUAUCAACUACAUCUGGAAGCACAGCAUAUUCAUUAGCAGCUGGAGGAUCCAUGGUUCAUCCACAGGUCCCAGGGAUCCUUUUCACACCUAUCUGUCCGCAUUCCCUGUCAUUCAGACCUUUGAUACUGCCUGAAUAUGUGACUCUGCGCAUACAAGUGCCGUUUAAUAGCAGGGGGCAAGCUUGGGCAUCUUUCGAUGGCAAAGAUCGAAAGCAGCUUUCACCUGGCGAUGCUCUGAUCUGCAGCAUCUCACCUUGGCCUGUGCCCACAGCUUGCCUGGUGGAUUCAACAACCGAUUUCCUCCGCAGCAUCCAUGAGGGUCUCCACUGGAACUUGAGGAAGACCCAGUCAUUUGAUGGCCCGCGUGAUUGAUGCAACAGUUUUUAAGUUAUAUCAGUCUUGUGCCAUAAUUCGAGCUGGUCAGGUCGCUGAUGGAUUUGUUCUCUCAGAAGAUUUCCUCCAGGUCCGGCCAGCAUGGAGAGGAUAACUGUACCUAAGCGAGUUUGUUCUUAAUACGUCGUUUCCUUUACCAUUCCAUACAUAUAGAAGGUUGCGUUUAGAUGUGGGGUGUAGAGCAGUUCCAAAUAUGAUGGCCAUGAGCGUGUACAGGUUUUUGAACUUGAUAACAGCACAUGUGCCGGACGAUACACUGAUUCGGAUAAAGCAUGGGGGAGUAGCUAUGGAUGGGAACAACUUAAAAUGUAGAAUACACCUUAUGUAUGUGUGUUAUGUGCCCCCAUGAUCUGAAAUGAAAUAAUUGGUUCCUCGUGAAA